AUGACAACUCUCCAAGCCAUCUUUAUCGGCGCCUUGAUCUCUGUGGAGGGACUGGUGGCCUUCCAGUUCCAGCCAAAGCCUCAAGCAAAAAGAAUGCCCGAUGCCCCCGACGAUUACAUGCAAGAAAUGUCCGGCGAGAUGGCACUGCUCGAUACGAACUAUGAUUUGACGUUCAAUAUCUCUCCCACCUCGCGUAUCCACCGAAGGAUGCCACCAGAAUUGGUCCAGUCCAAUGAACAAGCGAAGCUCCAGAAGCAGUCGGAUAACGAGGCGAAGAACAUUCAAGUUUUGGUCACGCCCUGGCCCAAAGAUGAUGGGAUGAGAGAUUCAGCUGUGGAGUGGGAUUCUCUUGGCACCAACUAUGACUAUUCCUUCAACAAUUCACCUACUGGAAACCGGUGCAAGGAAACGGAGAAAAGGCAGGCACAGCUCAAAGCCAAGCUCCAUGCUGCUCAGGCUGCAGCUGCACUGGAAGCAGAGCCGUUGGUCAGCCCGUUGGCCCGGAAUCAUUGGGAACAAUGGAUGUCGCUGUCCGUGACCCCUGGUAGGGACGUGACCUCUCUGGCCUGGCCAAGAGUACAACGAGAGAUCGAGCAGAAGAAAGAGGUAUGCAUAGGUAGACCUUUCCAGUCCUAUUUGGAUUCCUUGUAA